AUGAACUCGGUGAAGAGAGGGGCAAACAAGCGCCCCGUAGGACAGAACUCGGGAGGUAACCAGCAGAAGCCUCAGAUGGGAGGAGCACCAGCCAAGCGCCAGCAGACAGGGGCUUCGAGACCAACUCCACAACCAACCAACAUGAUCUGCCAUUUCUGCAGCAAGCCGGGGCACUUGAUGAAGGACUGCAGGAGAGCUAAUGGGUUGUGCUUAGCAUGUGGGGUAGCAGAUCAUCAGAUCACCACUUGUACUAGUAGGGGAGUCUCAGGAGGAUAUUCAGGUGGAGCGAUAGUACUAGCAGGCUAG